AUGUCUGUGCAGAACCGCGAGUCGCUCGAGCACUAUGUGUCCGGUCCUCAUGAUCAUGACAGUGGCAAAAGGGUUCUGGCCACCCAAACCGACGUGGAGGGAGAUGUCGAAGCUCGCGAGCAGCAAUCGGCCAGCGACGGGGUUUUCAACUCCAAACGCGCGCUGUGGGGGUUUCUCGUGCUCUGCUUCUCGACUGGGCCAGUAUCGGGAAUGUCGUCGACGUAUGCGUCGGCGGCUAUUCUCUCCGCGGCUAACGUCCUAGGGCACCAAGCAGGGACCAACAAGCCGUGUCCCCGACGCGGCACGAAUAUCAACUGCGUGGUUAAGUUCGGCACCGGCGAGAUUGACUAUGCCAGCUAUACACUGUACCUCCGUGCGAUUAGCCGUGCCACUGAAGGCGUGUUGGCGAUCAUCACCGCUGGGAUUGCGGAUUAUUGCGACUACCGCAAGACCAUGAUGAUGACCUCCAUCUUCCUGUUUGGCAUCCUGGCCCUCCCCUUCGCGGGGCUCACCGGGCAAAGCUAUAGCCAUCUGACGGCACUGUCGGUCCUGUACUGCGCUCUCACCACCGUGCAGGGCAUUUACACCGUCAUAGAAGGCUCCUACAUUCCGAUCUUCAUGCGCUCUACGGGCUGGUUCCGGACCUCGGUGGUGGGACGCAGUGACAACAGCACCGAAGGCCGGAUCUGGCAGAAGGGUGUGUCGGUCAGUGUGCUGGCGCUGGUCUCGAGCAAUGUCGGGGCUCUGGCAGCGCUAAUUAUCGGCAUCAUCCUCGUCUAUGGUCGAGGCUCCUAUGUCGCCGUGGGCUACUUCAACUACCUUCUCGCGAUCACAAUUGCGGGAUGCAUGACAAUUCUCUUUGCCAUCCUCGGCCACUGGCUCCUUCCCAAUGUGCAAGGCAAGAAGUUGGAGCGGCCGCACGACGUCCUGACCCUUCCCAUCCGCAAUUGGGUGCGCCUCAUCCGACACGCUUUACGCUACUCGGAAGCCUUCAAGCUGUGUAUUGGCUGGGUUCUAUGGAACACGGGAUACAGCAACCACCUUUCCAUCAUCGGCUCACUCUUUCUCCAAGUGACCGGCAUUUCGCGCAGCUCCGGGGUGUACUCAGUUUGGUCAUUCAUGAGCGUAAUCCUGGCGUGUGUGGGGAGUCUGAGCUUUAUGUUCCUGUACCCGCGGGUGCGCCUACCUGUGAAAGCCUGGGCGUACACCCUGCUGGUCAUCAAUAUUCUGUGCGUGUUGUGGGGGUGCAUCGGAAUGAGCCCGCACGUCACCAUUGGCUACAAGCACGGCGCCGAGUUCUGGGUCGAGCAGGUGCUCUUUAUGUCGACCAGCAGCGCCCUGCGCGCCUACAACCGGGCCAUCUAUUCCUCGCUAAUCCCGCGCAACGCUGAGGCCCAGUUCUUUGGGUUGGAAAUUACCCUCGAUUUGGCUACGGGGUGGAUCAACCCGCUGGUGAUGGGGGUGAUCCAAAACCGCACGCAUAAUCUGCGAUUUCCGAUGAUCCCUAAUUUGUUGCUCAUGCUGGUGGCGCUGGGGUUCUACUACUCCGUUGAUAUGCGCAAGGGAAUUGAUCAGGCGAGGAUACCACUGGAACUUUAGGAGGAACCAGAGGUAGGAGCUUUGGGUUGUGGCUCUGUAAGACUCAAUGGUUCAGAAAUCGGUCUAACACGG